UCAGGAAAUGUAGAGAAGAGGAGGCUGAGGAAACUAACCCCGAAAUGUUCGCGUGGAGGUUGCUGCUUUUACCACGUGAACUUUUCAGCCCGGUUUUCUACCUAAAGAACACUCAGGAUGUGAUCUACAGCUGGCUUGACGUCUGCUUGGUGCCUGAGCGUGCAUAUUAAAUCAUUCGUUCAAGAUGCAGGGGGGCGUUGCACGUGUUUGCAUGGUGAUGGCUGCUGCCAUACUCAACCAUCCCUUUUUCUUUUCAAAUGAAAACGCCACCCUGCCAGAGCAAGAUGAGGAUCUUUUGACUCGGAUGCGGGAACACGAGGAGAGGCUGCAGAUUGAGCGGGCCAGACUGGAAAAAGAGCUCAAGCAGCUGGACUCCAAGCUGGAAGAAACCUCCUUGAAUGAUGGUUUCUCUUGGUACUUUUGGAGCACUGUUUCUUUUGUGAUUUUCAUUGCCAUCGAGUUUUGCAGAGUAGAUCUAGUUGAUGAUGAGAAUGAUCCAGUUGAGGACGAAGAUUUCUUAUCUGAGAAUGGAUUCGCCCCACCUAGGAUGAUGGAUAAGAAAGCCUUGAGGAAUUUCUGCGACAAAUGCACCUAUACCUCAGCCCACGAAAACUGGAGGGUGAGGGAAUUUGUGGAGGGUUUUGCUGACGACCUGCUUGAGUCACUCCGGAGCAUGUGUGACAGAGAGGUGGACAUGGAAGUGGGUGAUUUCAUUGGUAUAGGAAGCAUGUUUGAGUCUUGGAAGGUGUGCAAACCUCUGAUGUGUGACCUUUUAGUGCCUUUCUCACCACCGGAUCCCCACUCUUUCCAAAACCACCUAUGGUGCAGCGCCUCCACCGAUAUCCCACCAGACAUGCCAGGUUGUGGCACUGUGAAGGUGACUAUGCUUGGGGAGGAUGAGGAGGGUUGCCUUUGUGGUUCUGCCGACAUGGGAGAGGACAUGCUUUGUCUGCUACAUAAUAGAAAUAAGGGGGUCAAAGUGAACCGCAGCCCAGAUGACCUGCUGUGCUCCAAGGGUACACAUUUCCUAGCCAAAGACCGGGUCAUGAGGUGGUUUCAGAUGUCCGUCACCAAAGCUUGGGGGCGCAUCUCCCACAAAUAUGAUUUUGAAGUCACUUUUCGUAACCUGGAUGCUGCUGGGGCUCUGAAGAUCCGAUUCCGCUCCGGAAAAGUUGUUGUACUGAACCUCAUCCCAGUAGUUCAGCUGGAGGACACUGAUGCUUAUUUUGUCUCGCAUUUUCCAUCUCUUCGUGAGGAUUUCCCAGACCCAUACUGGUCUGUCUCUUUAGCUGUCUACGAGAGAAAUCUGCUAAAAUAUUUUGCUAAGAGACUUCCACAAAAUUCUUGCCACCUUCACUGCCUUCAGAUUGCUACUUUCCUACACAGAAAACAGACAAGUCUCACAGGCGUUUCUGCUCUCACUAGCUACCACCUAAAGACUGCUUUGCUGCACAUGCUGCUGAGCACCAAGAGCACAGCAUGGGGCGCAUGCAGUUUGGAGCAGAGGCUUCAGGAUGUGUUUGGCUUCUUGCAGCGGAGCUUGCAGGAAAAGAGACUCUACCACGCUCUGAUUGGGAACAGCAAGGUACCCAAAGACAUCCAGGUUCCUGAGAGAUUCCGUAAAACAGAGCCCGUCAAUCUGUUCAGGUCUCUGGUGCUGCACAGGGAGCUUUACUCAACGACUGUUAGACACUUUCAGGAAAUGCUGAGGAACGCACCUGUUCUCAUAGAAGAGUACACACCUCACGUAUCAAAUGGAAGUUUACACCACAGCCUGGAUUGAUGCGACUCGGAGCAUCUGUUGCUCUCUGAAUUACUGGUGUACACGGUCUAAGAACCAUGAGAAAAACCCUUAAAAAAUCCUGGUGUUUGAAUCUCUGCUUUUUACUUGCAGUCCAGCCAAAUAUUCUUUAUAACUCUGGCAGAUUAAGACAGAACCUGUGCAGGGAGGCCUCUAAACCUCAAAGACCUGAGAUCAUCCCUUAAAGGUGUAGUUGAGGUUUUUUGCAAUUUUUUUAAGAGACUAGCCCUCUCAACUUGAUAAAAAAAAGCACAUGCACAAUCCUGUACCCGCUCCUGAGAGGGAAUGCCUAUUAAAUGCGUGCGAGAGCAUGCGCGGCCAUUUUCCCUUAUACACGCUCUGUUCAAAAGUUGCUGUUCUCGUAGCUCAUACAAGCGUACUGUGCCUGUAAAUCCCUCAAUCAAAAAUAAAUAAGUAUAUAUAUAUAUAUAUAUAUAUAGUGGGGACUUUAUGGCAAACUCUUAACUAUUUGGACAGAUGAUCACCACUUUUUGAUCCCCGUUGGUCACGAAACUCCUCCUCCACUGCGCAGUGCCUGCGGCAUCUUUGUUAGUAACCGCUGUCGGGUAGUGACAGCAAAUCCAUAAUGCUUUGAGAGAAGAGCUCUCUGCGCAAUGCAUUGCGGGAUAUAUCUGCCUCUUCUAAAGCCUUUCUUCUCAUACAUUUUACAGACACCUUUUCUCUUAUGACCCUUGGCCAUUUUUAAAGAACCAUGAGAAAAGUGAGCUUCAAUUGCUGUCUGAAACCGUCGCUCACCACAGAUAUGCGAUAAAGUGCGCGUGCGAAGAAAAAGUUGGCUAACAGGACGAGUAUCUAGGACGGCCUUACGUAAACAUAUCACCAGAAUGAUAGACAUUUAGGAGGACCACUUAUUUUGAUGAUCCACCCAGAAACAGAAAAGCCUCCACUACACCUUUAAGAUUAACGAUAGCUGAUACAAGUCUAACCAGGCUAAAACCCGGUGAGCCAUGUAAUGGUUUGAUUGCUUUAAUGCCAAAGAGGUCUUUUAAGAAAAUAUAUUUUUAAUUAAAAGGGUUUUUCUACAGAGUUGAAAGUGCUUGUUUUUUUGUGAGUAGGUGUGCCAACUUAGAUUCUUGUAAGAAACAGUUGAUGGAAUGAAUGAUUUUAGAU